UACACCAGUAGUUAAGAGUCAAAUUUUUAACUUUGCCUGCUUUAAUUAUAAAAGUUAAAUAAAAUUAUUUGGUUCGCAACUAUGAUUUACGUAUAUUUUUUAUUUUACACCUGCAUUAUAUCCUUCGCUCAAACUUUUAAGAUUACGGAUGUACUAAAGAAAGAUAAUCCAACAUAUGAUGAAACUACUAUAUUUCCAGUUAAUGUCUCAAUUAACGAUUCUAUUCAAAUUAUUGACGUUACAACUUCUAAUGAAACAGGUACAGUAACACCUGCUAUCGAUGUCGAAACUGACACUGACAUUGUUAAAACAAAAAUUAAUAAAACUACAACAACAACUUCAACACCUCCUAAGAACGCUGUAUCACAAUUUCCAAUAAAACAAUUAGUAACAUCAGUAAUAACGAAAAAAAUGUCAUUCCCUUUCUUCGGAUUACUAUGGAUGGGAAUAAAAAUAUUAAUGCCACAAAAUAUAUCAGUCCCUGCAAUGGGACACAGUAUACCAAUCCGUAUAUUUGGGUAAAGUUUGUUUGGAAAACAUUAUCUAAUAACAUCAUUAAUGUUUGAUUAGAAACAAUUGUUAUUUAUGAUUUUUUCAUAAUGUACUAUUACAUUCUCAUCAUAUAAAAAAGUAUUAUCAUUUUUUAAGUUAUUUUUAUUUUAUGUAUAUGAAAUAAUAAAUUUAAAACCAAAUAAUGAUUGACAA